AUGGCCGGUGAUUUCGAAGGGGAUUACUACGCACAAGUCAGUGACGAAAGUCGCGCAGAAGGGCUGAAGUGGAAGGAGAGGAUCCUGGAUUCAAUGCGUCGUAUUGAGGCGUGUCAUCAGAUUGAUGCUGAGACUUUACAAGGCAAGUGUGUUCUGUGUUUCUUGAAAAUUUCGUUACCGAUAAUCGCUGCCAUUUCUCUGGAAGACUUUCACCGCGGGGUUUACUCCGGAAUAGCGGGUCUUGCCUACAUGUACCUAAAAGCCGCCAAGUCGGAGACCCUGUGCUGCAAAGACGAUCGCCAAGUCGCCAAAUUCCUGGAGAAAGGUCUCGAGUUCCUCACACCCCCGCUCGUCUACUUCUACGACUACCCGAUGAAACACCGGUGCCAGGACGACAUCGUCGCGUUUAUCCCGGGUGCAAUGAGUGUCCAUGUUCUCCACGUCGCGGUGCUCAAGAACCUCAAGCAGAGACUCGCUUUGCGAGACGCGUUAUGUCCCGUGAAGAACGCCUGGCUCGGGUUGUGUGUUCCGGACUUUUUGCCCUGCGGCUCGGACGGGUACUUUUGCGGACGGGCCGGGUAUUUGAGUGCGCUCCGUUGGUUGGAGUUUGAAUUGGGCACGAAUCCGUUGGAGUGGGGAAAGUUGAGUGUGGUGUUGACGUUGCUUUUGGAACGGGGUCGCGACUACGCGGUGAGGACGAGGAGUCCUUCGCCCCUGAUGUAUUGCUACGAUCGCGUGGAAUAUCUCGGCCCUUGUCACGGACUCUCAACAAUACUCAUGACAUUUUUGAUGUAUCCUGAUUGGUUAAGAUCAACUGCAUAUGCGGAAAGAGACGUGAAGCAAUCGGUUGACUACAUCCUGUCUCUGCAAUCUGCAAAUGGGAACUUCCCCAGCAGUGCUAAUUUACCUGGGACUGGUUGUCUUCGGACAAAUGAUCCCGAAACUCUGCGCUGGUGCCAGGGUGCCCCGGGUAUGGUGCAUCUCAUGGCUGCAGCAUUCCGGCUUUGGGGAGACGCCGAGUAUUUGGAGAGUUGUCGGAAAUGCGCGGAUGUGACUUGGGAGCUGGGCUUGACCGAGAAAGGCCCUGGUUUGUGUCACGGCAUUGCUGGGAAUGGGUACGUGUUCCUGGUUCUCUACCGACUGACGGGGGAGAAGAAUUAUCUGAGAAAAGCCGCGGCAUUUGCGGAAUUCUUGUACACGGAAGAAAUUGCGAAAGCCGCAGAGUCGACGUCUCAGCUGGGAUUAUUCGAAGGACUUGCCGGCGCUGUGUGUUUCCUAAUUGAUUUCAUCGAGCCGGAUACGGCGGAAUUUCCGUUUUUCACCGUUUUCAGUUCGUCUGCUGGGAAUCAACUAUCCGGAAAAGCUGAGCCACUCGCCUGAUGCAAGUGACCGAUUGGGUGAUGCAUUUUCGGACGAUCUGUGGAAUUUGAAUUUUUCGUUUGCGUCGCAUUUUGUGCGGAAUUUGAUGAUCAUUCCACUAAGAAAUGACCCCGUGUGUUGAAUUCCGACGCUCCUGUCCUAUGAAUUCUUCUAUCAUUCUGGUCAGUCUUCUUGCGUAGAUUUUAAUUUCUAUCAAAAUUAUUUUGUUUAUGAAGUUUUUCUAGGUCGUUUGCGACAGUGAACGGAUUCCAUCUUGCGAUACUUAGACAUUUUUCAUCUAAUACAGGUUCAGUUGCAAAAAAUGAAUAUUCUUGGUGAUGCUUGAAUUCUGACAUUCGCCGAUUUCUCUUGCCGAUUAUUGAUGAAAUAUAACAUGAGUGCGUCAACUGUGUUAUCGAAAACAGAACA